GGCACAUCUCGUUCACUUCCAAUCAGUCUUGUACGUUUACGGAACGGCUUUAGAGUCUUUGUUAUCUCUUGCACGAUGGAUGACUCGCCGUGGGGCGACGUCCCCUCUCAAUCGCAGUCCGAUAUCCAGCCAGAAUCGACAGGCAGCUCCGCCAAAGAUAGUGGCGCCACCAACUCGUCGACCCCUUCGAAACCUACCAGCGGCGGACCGCGACCUUCUUCAUCCCGAAAAGUGCCUGCCCGCAAGAUCGAAGUACAACCCACAAAGCUUGAAGCUGUGGACGAUUCCUUAGAUCCUCUCGGCCCUCUAGGGGCUGAACCAGCACCGGAAACACCCUCGAUACAAGCAGAUCAAGGUCCGACUCCACCGAGGAAAGAACUGAGUUCAAGAGUCAACCGUCCGCCCUCUGCAACCUCACCAAGCUUGGUGACUUCUGAAUAUGAAGAUAGCACUCUGCCUGUCGGAAGGCCAAAGGGUCCUCCUCCCGUUCAACCACAAGCGACGGGUGCGCCUCGUCAGACACAACCGAGCGUGAGUGUGGAACAGGCCGCAAAGCCGACUUUCGAUAUCUCAGUGGGAGAUCCGCAUAAAGUGGGCGAUCUGACGAGCAGUCAUAUUGUCUAUCAAGUUCGGACAAAGACGACAUCAAAAGCGUAUAAACAGCCCGAAUUUGCAGUUUCCAGGCGUUACCGAGAUUUCCUGUGGCUUUACAAUGCUCUACACAACAGCAAUCCGGGUGUCGUGGUACCACCGCCGCCUGAGAAACAAGCAGUCGGUCGAUUCGAAAGCGAAUUUGUUGAGUCUCGGCGUCAAGCCCUAGAACGAAUGUUGAACAAGAUUGCUGCUCAUCCAAUCUUGCACCACGACGCUGAUCUGAAGAUCUUCCUCGAAAGCGAAGCUUUCAAUAUCGAUGUGAAGAACAAGGAGAACAGGGAACCGGACUUGGGGCAAAACAAAGGCAUGCUCAGCUCCUUGGGUAUCAACGUGGGCGGAUCCAGUGGCAAGUUUGUCGAGCAUGAUGAUUGGUUUCAUGAUCGCAAAGUCUAUCUUGAUGCCCUCGAGAAUCAGUUGAAAGCCUUAAUGAAAGCCCUUGACGCAGUGGUAGUCCAGCGAAGGGGCCUUGCUGAAGCUGCGGGUGACUUUGCGGCCUCCUUGAGCAAUUUGGCUCAAGUCGAGCUGUCUCCGAUAUUUUCUGGGCCUGUGCAAGGUCUGGCGGAUUUGCAAAUCCGGAUUCGGGAAUUGUACGAUCGACAAGCUCAGCAGGAUGUAUUGACUUUGGGUAUCACAAUUGACGAGUACAUUCGACUCAUCGGAAGUGUGAAGCAGGCUUUCUCGCAGCGGCAGAAAGCUUUUCAUUCAUGGCACGCCGCAGAAAGUGAGCUUGCGAAGCGUCGGAGCGCCCACGAGAAGCUAUUACGGCAGGGUAAAAGCCAGCAAGACAAACUGAGUGAGGUUGGUGCCGGGGUUAGUGAUGCCGAGAAGAAGGCACACCAGGCUCGGUUAUUGUUCGAAGAUAUGGGACGCCUUAUGAGGGGAGAGCUGGAACGAUUUGAAAGGGAGAAAGUCGAAGAUUUCAAGAGUGGUGUGGAAACAUUCCUUGAGGGGGCUGUGGAAGCGCAGAAAGAGUUGAUUGAGCUAUGGGAAACAUUCUUAUUACAGAUGGACGCAGAAGAAGAAGCACCGGUCAAGGCUCAGUCCGCCUUGAGAGAGCCAGCAGCAACGGAGAGCCUUGAGGCAGCCAACCAGUCCGGCGACAACACAGAAGCGGUACCCGCUACAACGACCGACGUAGCACUUGAGCAGGAUGCUUGAUACCAGAGUGAGGCUUGAUGCAGUCAUGAAUGUGAAGAAAACAGAACAGAUGGGAUAUUGAACAAAGGAGGUUAUUGUACAGUAUAUCGCUCUCUGAUCUUCGUUGAACUGCACUUACUGUCCGUCUCCUUUCACUAGAUACCCACGAGCCAAUUCAUCUUCGUCUUUCCCUUUCAUAUGGUGCUGUCUAU